AUGGUUGACGUAAAUUCUUUUGAUGAUGAUUCGAGCUCUAGUACGGAUGUUCAAGUUGAUGGUUCAUCGUUUCGAUCAGUACAAAUGAAUGGGGAUUUGAGCAAUGUUGUACUAAAGGAAGUAGUCAAAUUACAGUUAAAUUCUACUUCAUCUUCGCACAAGAACUGUUGCAUUUGUCGGAAUGAUUUAAAGAAAAAUGCAGCUAAUAUUUCAUCGGAAGAUCGAGAUCUUAUAUUUUUUACACGUAAUAUAUGGAUUCCAGAGGGAGCACGAUGCUGUGCAGAUCAUUUAGCUAAUCACCAAUUAAAACAAGAAGCUAUUGAUCAAAUCAAACCGGUGUCAAUAAGACAAGCAGAAUUAAAUUCUGCUGAUGUUCAACUUCUUCUAAACAAAUCCCAAAUAAUACUUGAAAAUCAUAAUAAAAAGUUUAACUUCGAUGAUCUACGAGGUCUAACAGAGGACGAAUAUCGUUUAUUAACUAGUCUUUCAAAAGAUGAUUUUAAUGAAUUUGUUAAAAUUGUAUCAUUAUCUGGCAUCCGUAACUCAUCUAACCGAUCUAUACGAACCGCGAUCGGUAUUUAUCUAUGCAAAAUUCGUCUCGGUUUAUCAAAUCGUUUAUUGGCAUGUAUGUUUCAGUUGCCAGAUAAAAAGACAGUUUUCCCGAAUUAUUGA